GAGUUAUUAAUGAAUCCAGAAACAGAGUAAUUGAACUACGAUUUGGAAACUCCACAGAUUCCUUAUAAUUAUGAUGUCGAUGGUCGAUUCUAUUUGCCUAUAUCAAAUCAAAUUUAUUAGAAAGUGUAUAGUCAAUACACUUACCAUCCACCCACCUUUUUACUCAUGCCCCAACAACCAAUCUAUUAACCAUGUCCUCAGGUGAAGAAACAAAAGAAGAAGAAGGUGAAUAAUAAAGAAGUUGAAGCACUCAGAGCAAGAAUUAUGGAAUUGGAAAUGAGAUAACCUGAAGUAAAAAUAGUAAAAGAAGUUGUUACAGACACCGAAUAAGUUUAAAUAUCAUAAUAAUUAUGUAGAUAACUAGAUUAGAAAAGGAAUUGCGUAUGGUUAAAAUGCAAUUAGAACACGAACAUGAGAAUAAUGCAUAAAAGGACAGGACUAUUUCUGAUCUUAGAGCUCAGAUCUAAAAGAAUGAUUUAUCCAGAAGCUCAAGUCUUGUUUCAUUACAAACUACACUUGUUGAAAGAGAAGUAUAAAAUAUUCAUUUAUUCUUAGAGAUAAAUAACAAAGCAAGAUGGAAUUAUUUCUUAACUCCAGGCUGAAAUCAACCUUCUUAGAGGAGAAUUAGACGAUGCUCAUCACCAUAUUGAGGAGUUGUAAACCACACAUGAAGAAGUAACUGUAGAAAAAAUGACAUAUCUUUCAAAAGUAUUUAUUGAUUAUUAUUAAUAAUUAAGGAGGUAGAAACCUGGAAAUAAAAAUUCAUCAUCCUCAACAGAGAGUAUCACGAAACUCAAGAAAAGCUCAUGUUGGCUGAAGCUGAAUUAGAAUCAAUUAAGAAAGGAGAAGUUAAAGAAGUCAAAGUAAUCUAACUAUGUAAUUUAGCAAAUUGUUGUUGAAAGGAAGGAUAAUAUAGGAAGAACCGUGGAUUACAAAUAAUCUGAAUAAGUUUAAGUUAGAAAGAGCGGGUUUUUAUAAACAUUAUAAUGAAGAGAUAAUCAAUUAUAGUGAAUAAUAAUAUAAUAAUACAUUAUUUAAUGCAAUAGAAUUAUGAGAAAAAA